AUGAGCGCGACGGCAUCAACCCCAAGAGGCGAUAGAUGGUCUCGCAGACUAUCCUACCUCGAUGCCUUCCCCAAAAUCGAAAAGAACAUCACAAACGCAUCGGGAUCUGGAGGAGUGGUCUCAAUCAUUGUCACAAUCUUCUUAGCCUACCUCAUACUGUCUGAACUGAUAACUUGGAUGACGUUGAAACAAGAAUAUGAGUAUCUGGUGGAUCAGACUCCUAGUUCGGGAGGUGCAGGGUUGUUGAUUAAUGUGGAUUUGACUGUUGCGAUGCCGUGUAAUGCGCUGAGAGCUGACGUAUUGGAUGUCUCUCAGUCAUCUAUUCAUAUUGAGGAAUUCAAGUUGGUUGAUACUGUCUUUUCGUCGGCUGGUGCUCAUCAAUAUACAAACUCAAAUCCAACGCCACCACCUCUCAAUGUCCAUGAACUGCUACGGAAUGCUCAAAGAGGAGGCCAUGCUCUGCAUUUCAGGCUUCCCAGUAUUGGUGGGGAAGGUCGUCCCAAAGGUUGCAGGAUAUACGGACAAGCUCCAGUCAAGAAACUAUCUGGAAUGCUUCAUAUAACAGCACUAGGACAUGGAUAUAUGGGCCAACAUGUUGAUCAUGAACUCAUGAACUUCACACACCGUAUCGACAAGCUUUCAUUUGGACACUUUUAUCCUGGAUUACACAAUCCAUUGGAUUUGAGUAUUGAAUAUGCCACUGGUCCAUUUGACAUGUUUCAAUACUUCAUAUCGAUAAUACCGACGAUAUAUGUUGAGCCUGGUCUCUUGGCAGAUAAUGCGAUUUUGACGAAUCAGUAUGCUGUUACUGAUUAUCAGAGGAGUAUUGACCAUUCAAAGGGCGCUCAUGGUACACCAGGAAUCUUUAUUCGAUAUGACCUGGAAGCCUUGUCAGUACGCAUUACAGAGACAAGGCAAACGUUCUUGCAUUUCUUGACUAGGCUGUGUGGGAUUGUCGGAGGUGUGUUUGUCACAGCUGGCAUGAUACUGAACUUUAGCUUGUGGAUUGGCAGUCUUCCACAAGCAAUCCUGAAUGGUGACUUGGCGGGUGAUUCAGAUCAAUGA